CAUCAAGCAGUACCUAUUAAAUCAAACUGCCCGGUGUUCGGAUAUAAUCCAUGUCUUAAACUGUGGAAAUAAGACGAAUAUAUCUCCCUCCUCGGGCAAAAGUAGUAGACUGUUUCCUUGGUUGUGGUCAACGGCUCGCUAUGGCCCCGUUAGCCGAAGUCGGGAGCUACUUGGGCGGUCUGGACAGUGGACAUAUGGCGGCCCCUUUCUUUCCUCCUGCCGUGGAGUUCCCGGUCCUCCUCAGCGAUCACCUCGCCCAGACCGAAAGCAGACUGUCUCGCAGCACCACCACGGACUUAGUGCAUUUGCAGGGGAUUUUGCGAAGGAGACAGCUGUACUGCAGGACUGGUUUCCAUUUGGAGAUUCUUCCAGGUGGAAUAGUGCAGGGGACCAGGCGAGACCACAGCCGAUUCGGAAUCCUGGAGUUCAUCAGCAUAGCCGUUGGGUUGGUCAGCAUCAGAGGAGUGGAUAGUGGUCUGUACCUUGGAAUGAACGACAAAGGAGAAUUGUAUGGCUCAGAAAAACUGACAGCAGAGUGUAUCUUUCGAGAACAAUUUGAAGAAAAUUGGUACAACACAUAUUCUUCCAACUUGUACAAGCACAGUGACACAGGGCGACGAUAUUUUGUUGCACUCAAUAAAGAUGGUUCUCCAAGAGAUGGGAGCAGAUCCAAAAGACAUCAGAAGUUUACACAUUUUUUGCCAAGACCUGUGGAUCCAGAGAAAGUACCUGAACUCUAUAAAGAUGUAUUAGGCUAUAGUUGAAGCAAUCCAACUUCUGAAGAAGAAGAAUUAUUUACUCUGUUCAUCACAGAAACACAAGCUUCCCAAGGCCUCAAGUGGUUGAGAGAGUGGUUUGGAAAGGAUGUGGCCUUAGUUUCGUCAAAUGUGAAGCACUUCUGAUGUGUAAUCACCUGCUCAGGAUUUUUACAUUAAUACUAAAAGUGCACAACUUACAGACACCAGUAAUGCUAUAUAAAGCAGGAGACAAAGGGAAUCGGUAUGUGUUGAUAGUGACUUUGCUAUAUGAUGCUGCAGGUGCCUUUCACUGAGAUGUUACAUUGACAGAGUAGUGCCACAAAAACGCUCCUUUGUGUAACUGUGGAUAAGCACUAUUUGAACGGUGGAGAAGGGUAAAAAGUCAACCUGAAAUAUCUCAUAUGAAGACUACUACUAGACUUUUUCACUCUUGCUAUAGAGUAUCAAAACAAUGAAAGAGUUACUGUAAUUUGUAGCACAAUAGUAUGGCUUCCAUCACAAAUGUUGACUAGAAUUUAAACUCGCAUUGUCUUUGGCAACUUUGGACAUGGGACUUUACAGGUCUUUUGAGAUGGAUGUAUUUAUACAAUUCCAAAUUGCAUAUAUUUAUUUUAUAGAAUUAUUUAUAAAGCAGAAUUUAUUUUUACUGAGAAAUGUACAGGUAAGAUUAAAAAACCCCACAAAAUUAAUGUGCCAAUAUUAACUCAGAAGGUUUUCUUAAUGCAUCAUGAAACAAUAUGUACUAUCACAGCUUUCUCUUUCAUUGAACGUUUUUUAUAAUCUAUAUGUAACUGUCUCUUGACUGUACCAUACGAGAACAUCAGUUUCUUUUUGUUUCAUAAAUAAUUGUUUCCAUUUCUGUACUGAAUGCAACAC